GCGACGCGGGGCGGGCUCGUCCCGGGCGGGCGGCGGGGCCGGGCCGGCGCCAUGAAGGACUGCGAGUACCGGCAGAUCCCGCCCGGGGCCACGGCACCGGCACCGGCCACGGCCGCCUCCCCGCCUCCGCCACCCGCCGGCACGGAGCGGCCCGGUGCGGCCCGGCGGCCCCGGCGGAAGUGGGAGGUGUUCCCGGGCCGCAACCGCUUCUACUGCGGCGGCCGCCUCAUGCUGGCGCGGCACAGCGGAGUCUUCGCCCUCACCCUCGGCCUCAUCCUCGCCACCAGCGGCCUCUUCUUCGCCUUCGACUGCCCCUUCCUUGCCACUCACCUCACCCUGGCCAUCCCCAUCAUUGCAGCCGUCCUCUUCUUCUUUGUCAUCAGCUGCCUGCUGCAGACCAGCUUCAGAGACCCAGGUAUCCUGCCCAGAGCCACCCCAAGUGAGGCUGCAGACCUGGAAAAGCGGAUCGACAGCAUGGGCACCUCCACGUACCGCCCGCCCGCCCGCACCAUGGAAGUGGUCAUAAACAAGUACGUGGUGAAGCUCAAGUACUGCUACACCUGCAAAAUGUUCCGCCCUCCGCGCACCUCUCACUGCAGCGUCUGUGACAACUGUGUUGAGAGGUUCGAUCACCACUGCCCCUGGGUGGGCAACUGCGUGGGGAAGCGCAACUAUCGCUACUUCUAUGCCUUCAUCCUCUCCCUCUCCUUCCUGACAGCCUUCAUCUUCGCUUGUGUCGUCACCCACCUCACCCUGCGCUCUCAGAGAGAUGGAUUCCUCACCACUCUGAAGACAACACCUGCAAGUGUGCUGGAGCUGGUGAUUUGCUUUUUCUCAGUCUGGUCUAUUUUGGGCCUCUCAGGUUUUCACACUUAUUUAGUUGCCUCCAACCUGACGACAAACGAAGAUAUCAAAGGGUCCUGGUCAAAUAAGAGGGGCUCAGAGUUUGCCAAUCCCUACAGCCAUAAAAGUAUCCUCACAAACUGCUGUGCGGUGCUGUGUGGACCAUUCCAUCCCAGUUUGAUAGACAGAAGAGGAUUUAUCCAGCCAGAUAUCGGGACCCCGUCCAGUCCUAAGAGUGAAAUCCCAUCCUUUGGAGCCAAAACUGACACCAGCAUGGUAGGAGGCAUUCCCUAACCGUGCUGCGGUGUAGCCCAGUGCCUGCUGCGCCUGCACCUUGCUCCAACCAGUACCUUCCCCUCUUACCAUCUCCCCGGCCUCAGGCGGGAAGCCCUGUGCCACAGAGCUGCCAGAGACUCACUCGAGCCAUAUGUUGCCUUUUUUUUUAAGAGUUAUUUAUUAUUUUUGGUGUAUUUGUUUCACUGUGAUGUGGCCUCUCUGGACCUUGGACUGACACUGCCCAGCAGCAUGCAGGACCUGUGCAGAAAGCAGGGGGGUCCCUGCUGCACCUGGGAAGCAGAUAGGUCUGGGGAGCUCCCAGACCUCUGAGCCUUGAGUGUCUGCUUCAGGGGGUCACUGCGUUUCCUGCCUCAAGGAAUGAGGUGGGGACAGGGAAAUGAUUCCCACUGGGCUGUCACGCCUCAUCUUUUGGGAUGGUGGAGGUGUAAAUUCCCUCGUAUCCCUGUUAUAUCCGUGUCCUGCUCCCCUGUGCCAACGUGGAAGGGCUGCUGUGUCUCCCAGUGACCAGGUUCUCCCCUCGGCCACUUCUGGAGCAGCUUUUCUUUCCCAGAAGCUGCUGUGUCUUGGUAAGUUGGGGCUGUUGAGGUGGGAGGACUCUGGCUCCCAGCACACAUGGAAGCUAGCUGGGUGUCCCGCCUGCUCUUCAUCAUGUUUUCUGGCUGGUCACUGAGAGAGUGCUGAAGAACACGUUGUGUUUCGACCCUGCCAGUCAGUGAGACAACGUUUUGCAGCCAGGACACAAGUUCAGAUGAGUCUCCUUUUAACGGGGAGGAAGAAACACGCAGUGUUCUGUGGCUCUCAUCAUGAGAUGCUGCUUGGCAAGGCUACAGCUGGGAGAUGUGGGAACCUCAGCUUGCAGGGGGGAAUCACAGACCUUGUGAGCGAUACUUGAAUCAUGUUAUUAAAAGCUGCUGGAUAUUUUUGCACAA